AUGGCAGUGGCUACCCUCAACACUGGCACACUAGGAGGCGUAAUGGGUCUUUCGUUCUGGGAUAGCUUUAUCAUCAUCCUCAUCGUCAACCUCCUCAGCGACUUACUCCCAGCAUGGACUGCGGCGUUUGGCCUGACAGGUCUCCGAAUGACCACCUUCUCACGCUACUCCUUCGGCUACUGGGGAAACCUCCUCGUGGUCAUCUUCUCCAUGAUUGCGACCACAGGCUGGAACGCCAUCAACUCCAUCUCCGGCGCGUCCGUUCUCGAAGCCCUCUCCGACGGAAAGUGUCCUGCCUGGGCCGGGGUAAUUAUCAUCUGUACGACGGUAUGGAUUAUCUGCGCGCUGGGAAUUACAUGGAUUCACCAACUCGACGUAUUUCUCUGGAUACCCCCGUUGGUCGUCUGGUGCGUCACAGCAGGAACUGGGGCAUCGCAUCUCACAGCCGCGAAAGUCAAGGACUUCGAAACGAGCGAGGAUAAAGCAGCCGCUGUAUUAUCUUUUAUCGCAAUAAUCUUCUCCUUUUCUGUCUCGUGGGUCAACUGCGCAGCCGAUUACAACGUCCGCAUGCCGGUGGACACUCCUCGCUGGCGAAUCUUCUCCGCUACCUACGUCGGGAUUCUUGUCCCAUCGGUGUCAGUCCAGAGCCUUGGAACGGCGUUAUACACCGGUACUGUGACAAGCGCAGCUUGGGGCACCGCAUACCAGAGUUCUGGGGUAGGCGGGCUGCUGAAGAUGGCUCUCGAGCCCGCAGGCGGGUUUGGAAAGUUCCUCAUGGUGCUCGCUGCGUUGAGCGCUAUUCCAAACAACAUCCCCAAUAACUACUCCUUCGCGCUGCAUGCGCAGAACUUCGGUCCCUGGGCCGCGCGCAUCCCGCGCAUCGUCCUCGUCACAUUCGGCUUCGUUGCAGCCAUCAUCGUUGGCAGCUGCGCUGCGGUGUAUUUUGAGGAUACACUGCAGACAUUCCUCAGCGUGAUUGGGUACUGGACGGUCAUACACAUCACUCUUGUUGCCGAGGAACAUGUCUUCUUCCGGAGAGGUUGGAGUGGGUAUGACCUCGACGCCUGGGAUGACCCUGCAAAGCUGCCUUUUGGCUGGUCUGCCGUUGGUGCGUUUGCAGCCGGCUUUGUGGGCGCUGCACUGGGCAUGAAAGUCGCCUGGUAUGUUGGGCCUGUUGCUAGGAGGAUCGGAUCUGGGGCAAAUAUUGGACAUGAGUUGACGUUUGCCUUUUCUGGGAUCGCGUUUUUGGGAUUGAGGUGGUUGGAGAAGAGGGUUGGUGGACGAUAG